AUGGUGUACUAUUUCAAGUCGUCGGCAGUCGAUCCCCCGGCGUUUAUUUACGUUGGGAAAGACAAGGUUGAGAAUGAAGAUCUAAUCAAGUUCGGCUGGGAUGAGGAUUUUCACGUUGACAACCUCUCGAGUGCCCAUGUCUACCUGAGAUUAAAACCUGGUGAAUCGUGGACGUCGAUUCCGCAAGCAUUGCUUGAAGACUGUGCGCAACUAACCAAAGCAAAUUCGAUUGAAGGCAAUAAGAAAGACAAUAUUACCGUCAUCUACACGCCUUGGUCGAAUCUGCGAAAGGACGCCUCCAUGGCUACAGGUCAAGUCUCCUUCCACGACCCAAAGAUGGUGAAGAAGAUCCAUGUACCAGUAAGGCAAAACCCGAUCGUCAACAGACUAAACAAGACUCGCGAAGAGCGGUUCCCAGACCUGAGGGCGGAGAGGGAGGCAGACCAAAGGGAGAAACGCAAGGUCGAGAGGAUAGCGCGGGAACAGCAAAAGGCGAAAGAUCGAGAGGAGAGACAGCACCGGGAAGAGUUGAGGUGGCAGAAGGACCAUGCGUACGAUGACAUGAUGAAGGAGGAGAAUAUGGUGAGCAACCAAGACAGAGAUCCGAACUUCUUUGAAGACGACUUUAUGUAG